AACAUUAGAACUUUCCAUUUGAGAGAAAAAAGAUCCAAUUUUUAUCCUCCCUUCUCCUCGACGCCAUUGUGUUUUUUGGUCAAAAGGAAAAAAAAAGAAGCUAAAACCAUUUUUUUCUUAAAUAGUUUUUUUUUUCAUUUUCUUGUUGGGAGAGGAGGACUUGUAAUCUGCUCUUGCUGUUAAGAGAAUCAAUCUGGAUCUGAACAAGAAGAAGCUCUCUUCUACCCUCUCCUCCUUGCAGUUUGCAGCUUUAGAUGAUCCUUAAUUGACCCGUCACCGUUCUUUAAACAUGGGAGAGUGGGUCAUCGGAGCUUUCAUCAAUAUUUUUGGAAGCGUUGCUAUUAAUUUCGGCACUAACCUUCUCAAAUUGGGACAUAACGAGAGAGAGAGGUUAGCUUUACAGGAUGGUGGUGGAGGAAAGACGCCGUUGAAGCCUAUUAUACAUUUUCAGACAUGGAGAGUUGGGAUCCUUGUCUUUCUUCUUGGGAACUGCCUCAAUUUCAUUUCGUUUGGUUAUGCUGCUCAGUCGCUUCUAGCAGCUCUUGGAUCCAUUCAGUUUGUAUCCAACAUAGCGUUUGCUUAUGUUGUAUUGAACAAAAUGGUGACUGUCAAAGUACUUGUCGCUACAGCCUUUAUAGUUCUUGGAAACGUUUUCCUGGUAGCAUUUGGUAAUCAUCAGUCACCAGUUUUCACACCCGAACAGUUGGCAGAAAAAUACAGCAAUGCCACAUUCUUAGUAUACUGUGGGAUUUUGAUUUUAAUCGUAGCCGUAAACCAUUUCCUCUAUAGGAAGGGAGAAGUUUUGUUAUCUACACCUGGACAAGAGAUUAGCUCCUACUGGAAAAUGUUGCUUCCUUUCUCAUAUGCUGUUGUCUCUGGUGCUAUAGGAUCAUGUUCGGUUUUAUUCGCCAAGUCACUCUCAAACUUGCUGAGAUUGGCCAUGUCUAGUAGCUAUCAAUUGCACAGCUGGUUCACAUACUCUAUGCUUCUUUUAUUCCUUAGUACAGCUGGAUUCUGGAUGACAAGAUUAAAUGAAGGAUUAUCUCUAUAUGAUGCAAUUCUUAUAGUUCCAAUGUUUCAGAUUGCUUGGACUUUCUUCUCCAUUUGUACAGGAUUCAUAUACUUUCAAGAGUUUCAGGUUUUCGAUGCGCUAAGAACAACAAUGUUCAUAUCAGGAAUGCUAUGCGUAUUCAUAGGCAUAUCUUUACUAGCACCUGAUGAUACAAGAGGCAACGAAUCAAAAGACAAUACAUCUUCUCUUGACUCAAUAGUGUCCUCUGACGUGCCAUCCGAGGAGGACAGGUUGAUAUCACAAUCGUCUGAAGAUGGGCAUAGCAAAGACACAAGAGUAGUCGUACAAGGAAUGUAUAUGAAAGCAACUGAUCUAUUUGCCAAGACAAAGAGUGCUUGUUUAGCAGCAUUGGGCUUUGGCGAAGACUCUAUAAACGCAUCUGCUAUUCUCGUCAUGCCAAUGGUAUCUUCAAAGAUUACGGGGUUCAGAGGAAACGGACUCGAACGGGCUAAGAUUCUGUCCAUGAGAGGAUCAGGAUGGAGCAAACUAGCCAUGGAAGAAGAAGGAACAAGAAUGCUUGAAAAGACAUCUCAUCAUCAUCACCCUUCAAAGGCUUAAGUAGAUUAGUUAAAAAAACAAGAGAGCUAAUGAAACAGUUUCUCAGGUACAUUCUUCUCUUUAUCAUAUAUAUGGCUUUAGUAGCAAAAAAAGAAAAACCAUUGCACGAUUGUGUAUUCUUGCAAAAGAAAAAACCAAAAUGUAUAACAUUACAUCUCUGUAUAUUAUUAUUAUUAUUGUUUGAGACC